UAUUUCAGAGUUCAAAAUAAAAGACAAAGCCAAAAUGUAAAAUAGUUUCAUUUUUGAAAUUUAAUUACAAUACUGGAACUAGAUGCUUCAUUAUGUCUUGGAAUAAUAUGGCUCUCCCAAGGAUAUUAGCUGCAGUUGAUGAUUUUGCCUUUGAUAAUAGGGCAAGAAACAACAAUAACAAUAAUAAUCAGAAUCCUAUAUUAAAUGCAAGAGAUCGUUUAUUUCAUGCAAUGUUUGUCCGAAUAUCUUUAGCCUAUGCUAGAGCAUUUCCACCGUCUUUCCGAAAAACGUUUGAAAUUAUAAUUCUAGUAAAGGCUUUAUUAUCUCUUCUGGUGCUAGGAUAUAUUCAUACUUGUUUUAUUAGAACGCCAAUAAAUUGCUUGGAUCAUCUAUAUCAAGAUUGGCCACGUGGUGGUAUUCUCCGGGUAAAAAUAGUUCAUAAUGGAAAUAAAUAUUCAUCUGAAAAAAUGAUUAUUAAUGAACAAGAUACACAAAUAGAAGAUAAACUUGAUUUAACAUCAUCAGAUUUAAAUCAUUAUAAGUCGUUAAACAUUGAAAUAGAUGCAAAAAAUUCAAAUACUGAUGUAAAUAACAAACAGUAUUCACAUAGUGAAAUAUCAAAACUGCAAGAACAAUUUCCACAGUCUGAAGAAGAUCUUAGUUUAGAACAAACAGAAAAUUCUACAAUUGAUACUAAGGAAGAACUUUUAUACUCCUUUGAGGAAAAUUAUCAACAACCUCUGAAAUAUUCUGUGUCAGAAUUUGAAAAAUUAGCCAGAACAGUUUGGCCUCAAGAAGAGUACAUAGUUGAAUAUUCCUUAGAAUAUGGUCUUUUGAAACUUUCUCCAAGUACUAGACAAAGAUUGAAUAUUCCAAUUAAAAUUGUCAGUCUAAAUCCAAAUGAAGACAAAUGCUUUGGUAACUGGUUCAGCCGCUUUCUUUUGAAUGAAUUUGUUGGUUAUGAUGAUAUUUUAAUGUCAAGUUUGAAAAAUCUUGCAGAGAAAGAGGAAAGUAAUGGUUAUGUAAGAAAUGUUGUUACUGGUGAGCAUUAUCAGUUUGUCAAUAUGUGGAUGACCCAUUCAUCAUAUUUAACAGCUGCUUUUUUCAUGUUGGUAUUUACACUUUCAAUAUCUAUGCUGUUGAGAUAUUCUCAUCAUCAGAUUUUUCUUUUUAUUGUGGAAUUAUUACAUAUGCUAGAGUUUAACAUUACUAUAAGUUUUCCUGCUGCUCCUCUUUUAAUUGUUAUUUUGGCUUUAGUUGGAAUGGAAGCAAUUAUGUCAGAAUUUUUUAAUGAUACAACAACAGCAUUUUACAUUAUUUUAAUAGUAUGGGUAGCAGAUCAGUAUGAUGCUAUUUGUUGCCAUACAGCUAUUACAAAGUACUAUUGGUUGAGAUUCUUCUACUUGUAUCAUUUUGCCUUCUACGCUUACGACUAUAGAUUUAACGGUCAGUACAGCGGUUUGGCCCUGCUCACCUCGUGGUUUUUUAUUCAGCAUUCCAUGUUGUAUUUCUUUCAUCAUUACGAGCUGCCCGCUAUCUUGCAACAGACGGGCAACGAGGAAGAGCACGUAGUACACGUGGUAGCACCACCCGCCAGCGAGCCCGAACCUUCGACAGAAGAACCACCGGGAUCAAGAGCAGCGGCCGAAACGGAAAACGUGGAGCAGCAGCCUCUGGUCAUCCACGAAUCGGACACGCGCGACCAUCAUCAUGCCGUCGAAACAAAUUUGAGAGUCACGGAAGAGAAUCAGAAUAGUAACCAGGAAUCUAAAAUAGAAUGCCGUCCUAAUUUAGACAGUGGAAUGGCCGUGGGUGUCAUGAAACACGCCAUUCAAUGCCAAGGAUCAACAUCGAACAUGAAUGAUAAAAAUAAUCGCAAUUGACGACUUUAGGCGAAUCCUCUUAACAAAGAAUUAUCGUCAAAAGCUUGUUCGUCAAAAUUAGAUUCUGGUGCCUAAUUUAGAGACGAGAUGGUGUUCUCUCGUGAAUUGCGACAAAAUUCGGAAUUAAUUCUGUUAUUUUAUAAAGAACGAUCAUUUAAAACCAACCAUUCGCUGUUUUUUUCCAAAUUUUAGUUUUAAACUUUUAUGAAUUUAAAAUUUUUUUAAGUUUGCCAAAAAGAAGAAUACAGAAAUGUAUGCGAUGGGCCUCGCGUAUAAAACUAGACAUUAAAAAAAAGAGAGCAUUUAAGCGCAAAAUUCGGAAGGCCCUCGGAGAGAAACAAAGGAAACUUGUAUUUAUUAAUGCUCCUACACCUUCCAGAAGUCUGUAAAAAGCAUUCCAAUGAAUAAAAAAUAAAAUUAAUCCAACACGAAGCGUAUUUUCUUUUGA